AUGGCAGAGACCUACACAUCUACACCUCUUAGUCCCGUUGCUCCUCCUCCGUCUUUGGCUGCUUCGUUUGAACUUGACAACAACGAGAGCGAUGUCGAAGUCGACGACGACACCGUCGCACAAUUUACCAUGGUUCCGCCUCGCCUAAUCACUACUCAGCGCGCCAUUGAUGAGGAUGCGGCUUUUGAUGAACGCUCGUCCUCUCCAUCUCUGAAAAGCGAUGGCGGCCAGAUCAACACCCCUUCCACCUUCCUCCAAAAUCGACCGCCGACGCCAAUGCCCCUUAAUAGGCCGAUGCACAUACUGCGUAGCUGGGUCAUCGUUUUCAAAGGCCUUCACCAAGGGGUUUUUGACAUCAACUCAGCACCACCCUUCGUACACGGCAAUAUCGAAGGCGAUGGCUACAAGUCUUUCACAACAAAGGCAGAGGCCGCCUCCGCUUGGUACGACCACCUUCGAGAGCACGGCAUGGGUAACCUCACCACAGUCUCUGCAUCAUCCCCAUUCCCCGUUCCCACUUAUACCUCUCGUCCAUCCUCCUCCGAGCAUCCACUAUCGUUUCAUAACCCUCGCCCUCUCACUCCACCUGCAUCCCAGAACACCACUGACGAGGAAGGGAACACGCUCUACUCCAGAAUCACUGCUACCGUUGGCAGCGAGUUGGACUCCGUCUCGACUGGCAACCCCAACGACAUGGCCGAUAACCAAGAUCCUGGUUCUGAUGCUGCUUGGCCAGAUGCAGCCAGCGAAGGUCCUGAGUUUGCUUCACAACCUCCUAGCGUACACGGUGAUUCCAGAGAUGGAUCCCACCCGCUUCCAGGUGCUGGCAGAGAUGGGACGGGUGGAUUUGGUGCCCGUGGACCUGGAGCUGGUGGAUCUGGGACGGCGCCUUUCACUGGACACGGGUUUUCAGGCCCAAAUUAUCCUAACACCAGCCCUCCCUUUUCCAUCUCGGUGUCAGGAAUCGUUCCGCCAGCUUAUCCACAUAUAUUCUUCAACUUUGCAGCAGGCACGCAUCACCCUCAAGCCCCGCAUAUGUAUGCUCCGCCCCCUGCCAACUUUCACUUCAAUCAUGGAUGGAACGGGAUAUCAUUCUUUGUCUUGCCGAGGCCUACCACCAAGAUCACAGUACCGCAAAGACCCCGUCAACACCCAGCUCUGAGCCUUCUACAUCGGUCCCCGACCGUUCGCCAUACAACCGUGCUGCCACUACAAUGCUACGACCGCUGCGCCAACAUCACCGCACGCGUCCUCGCCCUGCAGUCCAAGUCCGUAUAUACUGUGCCUGACAGCCUCUAUGCCAGACUGUGGCAAGCUUUCCCACAAUCUAUACAAGCUACGCUCUUCGCCUGCCCGCCUUCGACUUCUCUCAUUUCGUCCACCUUUCCACGCACACCUUCAUAUUCCCGCGUGCAGCAAUCUGUACGAUCUAGUGGAGAUCGUCGACUCCGCCAAAUUCUCAUCGUCACCUCUUGUUUCCACUAA